AUGUGCAGGCUUUUAAUGGUGGGGCCUCCGCUGGCAGGGAAGGGGACCCAGUGCAAAAUACUGGCGAAGACUCUGGAUAUAAAGCACAUCUCGUCCGGGGAUAUUCUGCGGGAGGAGAUGCAGCGAGACACGGAACUGGCGCACUACAUACGGGCGCAGCUGAACUCUGGGCAGUUUGUGAGCGACGAGGUUAUUCGGGGCCUUGUGAAUGCGCGGGUGAAGGAGGAGUCAGGAGGCUUUAUUCUGGACGGGUAUCCUCGGACGGAGGCGCAGCUUCGCUCGAUCGAUUUUCCGUACGACAGAAUACUCUUUCUAGACACUCCGAUGGAGUACAUUAUGGACCGAGUCGAGGGAAGGCUGUGUCACGCGGAGUCUGGGCGGAUAUAUCACACGAAGUACAACCCCCCGAAAGUCCCGGGGAGAGACGACGUUACGGGGGAUCUUCUUGUGCGGCGGGGGGACGACAAAGUGGAGCUAAUAAAAGGGCGAAUUUUGGACUUUAUUGAGAAGACGGGGAAGGUGAUAGAAGCUGCUGUUGAGGCAAACACUCUGACGCGAAUAGACGGGAGCCUUCCAAAGGAGGAGAUUUCCCGGAGGAUCCUGGAGGCAGUUGGGAAGUCUCCCCCCAAGAAAUAA